AUGCUCAUUAUGAGCAACUCGUUCUUUAAACACAAUUUGUUUACUAAAUAAAUUUACUCUUUACUAUUCAUUAAAAUUGCAGUCUAUGACGCUAUUUUAAACGUUUUGAAGAAAUCAAUUUCAGAAUGGAAAUCUGGAUUUCUCAGUCACUGCGCGUAUCAUAAAUCUCGUUUGAGAAAGACGUUAUAGAAGAGAGCGAAUGCGAAUUAUUUUUUGUCAUGUCAUAAUUGCGAACAAUCUAAAUUGAACAGUAUAUAAAAAGACUAUAUUUUCAGUGUCGGUCGGAAAUGACAUAACCCCAGCUUGUUACAAGCUAGAGUUACGUCCUUUUCGAUCCAGUCAGGUAGUUUGAAAGACACUAUAUUUUAACAGUAAUAGGUAUUGUUCAUACCAUAACGGGAAAGGGAAGUGUGCAAUGAAUGCCUGCGUAAGAGUUCGGAAGAAAAUUUUGUCCACUUCACCUUUGACUUCAGUCAAAGUGUGACUAUGUCCCACCAUGCACGCCAGAUGGAACCGCUGUACUUCUACAGCUUGCGGAAGGUCCAUAUAUUUGGAGUACGGAUAGAUGGCCAAAGGAAACAUAUCAAUUUUCUGGUUGAUGAGGACCAGACCAUAGGACAGGACGGCAGCCAGGCUCAUGGACCGGAUUCAGUUAUUUCUAUGCUAGACUGGGUAAUGGCAAAUUAUGAAACGGAAAACGACGUAUGCUCCAUCCAUGCAGAUAACUGUACAGGGCAGAACAAAAACAAGUUUGUCGUGGGUUAUUUAAUGUGGAGGGUCAUGACAGGAAAACACAGGAAGAUAGAAUACCAAAUGCAAAUUCCAGGCCAUGCAAGGUGUUUAGUCGACUCGGGUUUCGCGCACAUCAAGAUAAAGUACCACUGCCAUGAUUGUGAAACCAGAGAACAGCUUGCAGAAAUAGUAGAAGGGUCUUCCAUAGGUAACAUGGCUGUAUCUUAUCCACAGUUGUCCUGCCGCGCUUGGAAGGAGUUUCUUGGACAACAUUUCAAGCCCGUAAUCGGCAUAAGGAAAUUCCAGUACUUUAGGUUUGAGGAAGACAAACCAGGUGUCGUCACUGUCAAAACAGCGGCUGGUGCGGAGGAGACAGAAAUAAACAUUCUAAAAAAUAAAGACGUUCGCUUUUAAUCUCAAGAGAUUCCACGGGUUCUUCAGCCGGAUGGUUUGAGUGCAGCAAGGAAGACCUACUUCGAGAAGACACUGCGACCUUUUGUGCGGAAUGCGAAUAAAAAAGCCUACUAAAUAUCGAUUUUGACUUUAAAAAAGUAUUAAAUUGAAAAUUGCGUGCGUGCGUGCGUGCGUGCGUGCGUGUGUGUGUGUGUUGAUUACAAAUGGCUAUCAUCUGUUAUGGAUUGUAACGUAUAAGAUAUAGUCAUUAAAUCAGUUGUCGAUGUGCCAAUAAGCGAAUCUUUUAUGAAUAACGUCAGUUAAAAUAACGUCGCGGAGAAUUUUACGACGUCGCUUUGCAAAUACGUUAACAACGUAUUUUAUAAACGUUCAUAUCAAUAUCAAUAUUGAACGCAUUAACAAAGUAGACAUACCGUUGUAAUCAGAAAUCAUUGAACUACUCGAAUAAGUAUAAAACUCAUAAUCGAAUUUUUUUACCAUAAGGUGUAUUUUCUCACGUCGCUUCCCAUAUGUUUUGUUAACAUUAUAACAACUUCUGUCACUUUCAUAUGAAUGCUGCAUUCUGAUUGGAUAAUUUUUUCACGUGACCGGUUUUUCAUUUUCCGAUGAACCCACUUCGUAUGCAAAUUUAAACAUGAAUAUUCAUAGCGCUACUUUCUGGUCAUAAACAAGUUGCCAAAAUGACGUUAUGUUUUGCGCGAAACUUAAUGGCGUUGUUUUGUAUUGGUCAAUAGCGAAAUGACGUUAUA